GCUUCUCAAUACGAAGUGUUAUAAAAUGGAAGUAGAGGCAUAAUGAGCAGCAGAGCAGAGUCAUGGAUAGUUGGGUGACAGCACUUGGCGCCCUCGCCAUCGGCGCAGUCUUCCAUUUUGUGUUGAGUCGUAUCUUGUGGCGCAAACAAAAGCUCCCUCCUGGUCCGCUUGCCUUGCCGCUCAUAGGCAACCCCAUAUGGCUCUUCAAGCCACUUUCCGAGCUGGAAGCCACCCUCCGCCAUUACCAUUCCAAAUACGGUCCAGUAAUCACCCUCCACUUCGGCAACACUCCUUCCAUUUUCAUCGCCAGCCACUCUGCCGCUCACCAGGCCUUGGUUCAAAACGGCGCUGUCUUCGCAGACCGCUUCCCUAUCAUGGAGACUGUCAAAAUCAUCACCAGCAACCAACGCAACAUCAGCACCUCCUUCUACGGCCCCACCUGGCGCAUCCUCCGCCGCAAUCUCACCUCCGAGCUCCUCCAUCCAUCUCGCUUGAAGGCUCACUCCCCUUCUCGCAAAUGGGUCUUGGACGAUCUCCUCCAUCGCCUCAUCCAACAUUCCCACCCCACCUCCCCUGCCCAAUCCCCUGUUCCUGUAACAGUCGUGGACCAUCUUCGCCACGCCAUGUUUAGCCUGGCUGCCGCUAUGUGUUUUGGGGAGAGAUUCGACGCCAAAUUAAUCAAUGAAAUACAAGAAUCUCAACGUGGGGUUUUGUUGAACAUCGGUAAAUUCAAUGAUCUUAACUUCUGGCCUCCGAAAUUGGGGAAAAUUUUGUUCCGGAAGCGUUGGGAAGAGAUUCGUCAGCUACGUAAGCGGCAAGACAGUUUGCUACUUCCAUUGAUCAAUGCAAGAAAGAAGAUAGUCAAAGAGAAGGGCGGAUCAGGUGCUGGGAAUAAGAACCCGAUUCCGUACGUUGAUACUCUGUUUGAUUUAGAAAUUGCAGAGAACAACGACGAGAAGAGGAAGAGAAAAUUGGUGGAAGAUGAACUGAUAACUUUAUGCACAGAGUUCAUCGACGCCAUCACGGACACUACGGUGGUGUCAGUGCAAUGGAUAAUGGCGAAUUUGGUGAAAUACCCAGAAAUUCAAGAGAAGCUGUUCAAGGAAAUGAAAGAAGUGAUGGGAGAGAGUGCGAAGGAGGAGAUAGAAGAGGAGGAUUUGCAGAAGAUGACAUAUCUGAAAGCCGUAGUGCUUGAAGGGCUGCGGCGGCACCCGCCGGGGCAUCUGCUGCUGCCUCAUACAGUGACAGAGGACAGUGUUGUGGAGGGCGGAUACAGGGUGCCAAAAGGAACGUCGGUGAACUUUAUGGUUGCCGACAUGGGUUGGGACCCGAAGGUGUGGCCGGAUCCGAUGGCGUUCAAGCCGGAGAGAUUCUUGACGGAUAGGUCGGAGGGUGGGGUUGAGGUGGAAGUUGAUAUCACAGGGAGUAAGGAAAUAAAGAUGAUGCCGUUCGGGGCUGGGAGGAGGUUCUGCCCGGGAUUCGCUUUGGGGUUGCUGCAUUUGGAGUACUUCGUUGGGAAUUUGGUGUGGAACUUCAAGUGGACGGCUGCCGGAGAUGUUGAUCUGUCUGAGAAGCUGGAAUCUGCUGUCACUAUGAAACAACCGCUGCUCUCCUACUUGUCGCCGAGGGCGGUUUCUAGUUAGCUUCAGAUAUGCAUCUUAUGUGUAUGAUGCCAUACUAUUUCGUCCACGUCCACGUCCUCUGUUUUAUUCUUGUAAGAUUUAGACCGACUUAAUUUCAAAUAAUAAUGUAUUAGUUUGAUUGGU